AUGGACAAGACUUGGAUGCGAUGUAAUGAUAGAUUGAGCGAUGUGUAUUUAAAAGGAGUUGAAGAUUUUCUUCAAUUUGCUUUUAAGCACACAGAACUAGAAGGUGAAAUUCCUUGCCCUUGCAAAAAAUGCAACAAUGUUUUUCACAAAACUAGAGACGAAGUAAAGGAACAUUUAAUAAUUUUUGGGAUAGUCAAGGGGUACACUCGUUGGCUUUUUCAUGGAGAAUUUGCACCCAAAGAGCAAAUCACUAACAAUAAUGAAGUAAGACAAGAGGAAGUAAGAAAAGAGCAAGGUGAGGAUAUAUUUGAAAUGAUUUAUGAUGCCACUGGCCCUGUUAUCACGAAUUGUUCUGGUGGGGUAGAUCCUUCUGAACCAGCUUCGGAAUUUUCCAAAUUACUGGAGGAUGCUGCACAACAACUUUAUCCUGAUUGCGAGAAAUUUUCCAAGUUGUCACUAAUUGUGGAGCUGUUUCAAAUUAAGUGCCUUUAUGGAUUGAGUGAUAAAGCAACUGACUGCAUAAUGAAGUUAAUUAAAAGAGCACUUCCUUCUGGUGAAACUUUAUCGGAAUCAUUCUAUGGAGCAAAAAAAGUGAUUCGAAGUUUAGGUCUUCAUUAUGAAAAAAUACAUGCUUGCGAAAAUGACUGUAUGCUGUUUUGGAAAUAUAAUGCAAAAGCUGAAUCUUGCUUGGUUUGUGGCGAGUCUAGGUGGAAAUCAAGAGAAGGUCAAAAAGCUAAUGGGGCUAAUACAGAAAAGAGUGGGAGCAAAAUUCCUCGAAAAGUUUUACGUUACUUUCCUUUGAAAUCAAGAUUGCAAAGGUUGUUUACGUCAUCGGCAAUAGCUUCAGACAUGACAUGGCAUCAUGAUCAAUGUUUGAAAGAUGGGUUUCUUAGACAUCCAGCCGACUCAGAUGCAUGGAAGCAUUUUGAUACAUGUAAUCCGGGCUUUGCCAGAGAUCCUCGUAAUGUUAGACUUGGAUUAGCAUCUGAUGGGAUAAAUCCUUUCGGCAAUUUAAGUGUUUCUCAUAGCACGUGGCCAGUAAUUAUUACUGUGUAUAACCUACCCCCUUGGAUGUGCAUGAAACAACCAUAUUGCUUCUUGUCUUUGUUGAUAGCUGGCCCUAAAGCUCCUGGAAAUGAUAUCGAUGUAUACUAA